AUGGCCGGCGAAGAGCAGGGUCACCGAGCCCACCGGCCGUCAAAGGUCAAGAAGAAGCGAGACCCGAAUCAGGCAAACCCGAAAGCAUUCGCCUUCUCUGGGCCCGGCCGCCUCGCAAAGCAAGCCGCCCGCAGUCAGGACAUCCGCGAGAAGCGCUUACACGUCCCGCUCGUUGAUCGCCUGCCCGAUGAAGCUCCGCCGUUGGUAGUCGGAGUCGUCGGCCCUCCAGGCGUGGGCAAGACGACCCUCAUCAAAAGCCUUGUCCGACGCUACACCAAACAGUCCAUUUCCGAUCCCCGAGGCCCUAUCACUAUCGUCACGAGCAAGAGGAGGAGACUUACAUUCAUGGAGUGUCCGAGCGAUAGUCUGGCGAGUGCCAUUGACAUGGCAAAAGUGGUGGACAUCGUCUUGCUCAUGAUCGAUGGCAAUUUCGGCUUUGAGAUGGAGACGAUGGAGUUUCUCUCGGUUCUCUCGAGCACAGGCAUGCCCGGCAAUGUUUUCGGCAUCUUGACACACCUGGACUUGUUUCGCAAGCAAGACACACUCAAGGCGCAAAAGAAGAGGCUCAAGCACCGCUUCUGGAGCGAGCUCUACCAAGGCGCCAAGUUGUUCUACCUCUCCGGCGUCAUCAAUGGCCGCUAUCCCGAUCGCGAGGUCUUGAAUCUAUCGCGCUUCCUGUCCGUCAUGAAAAAUCCUCGCCCGCUCGUGUGGCGCAACUCGCAUCCCUACGCUUUGGCAGAUCGGAUGCUGGACAUUACGCCUCCCACGCUGAUCGAACAAAAUCCGAAAUGUGACCGCACAGUCGCUUUGUACGGGUACAUACGCGGAACGAACUUUCCAUCACAUGAUGCUCGAGUACAUGUCCCAGGCAUUGGCGAUCUCCCAGUCAUACAAAUCGAGGCGCAACCAGAUCCAUGUCCUACACCUUAUUUCCAGCAAGUGCAGGAGAAGGUCGAGGGCACGAAAAAGAGACGGCGGCUUGAUCAGAAGCAAAAGGUCAUCUAUGCCCCCAUGAGCGAUGUCGGCGGCGUCCUCGUGGACAAAGAUGCGGUGUACAUUGACGUCAAGUCCAACACCUUUGAUGUUGAGGACGAGGAUGCCGAACGAGGAUUGGGAGAGCAGAUGGUGGUAGGGCUGCAAGGCGAGCGAAGAAUGCUCGGGCAAGAUGAGCGUGGAAUCAGCUUGUUCAAUAGAGGCGAAAGACUCAAGGAAGUCGAGGACGAGGAGGGGAAUACUGGUCGCAAGAGUAGACGGCAGCCAGCCGUCAUUGAUCAAGAUAAUGAAGAAGGCGAUGGUGAGAUCGACGAAGGCUUUGAAAGUGGGGAUAGCGACGAGGAGGCCGAUCCGGAAAGCUUGCAGAAAGCGCCGCAGCGCAUUGGCAAAACUCGAGAGGAUCGGCAAGUCGAUGGAGACAUCGCUUUCGCGGAUUCUGACAGCGAUCUUGGAUCGCUUUCCUCCAACUCUGACCAAGAACUUGAAGACGGCAGCGAUGGGGAUGGGGAAGGCUCGGAAGACGACGAACAUGAUUUGCGGUGGAAAACAAGCAUGUUGGAUCGAGCCGAGUUACUGCAUGGGAGGAGACAGAUGUACCGCGUUGCAGAUCUCUCCCGGAUGAUGUACGACGAUAUGCUGUCAACCGCCGAGGUCGUUCGAAAGUGGUAUGGUAAUGACGAGGAGGAUGCUGAGCAAGACCGCGAGAGUGAAGCAGACGAUGCACCGCUCGUGAAGAGAGGCCGCAGUGAUGAGCAAGACGAAGACCGACUCGUUCCUACCUUUGACUAUGAAGUGCUGGCGGCUAAGUGGACAGAUGCGGAGAAUCUCGAGGCUCUCAGGCAGCGCUUCGCUUCUUCUGGCCUGACAGGUGCCAAUUCCGAAGCUCUUGGCGAUGCUGUCGAAGGCAGUGGUGGCGAAGAUGAAGAAGAUGAAGGCGAUGGUGCUUUUGAAGAUCUGGAGGCUGGUGAAGGCAAAGGAGACGUGGAGGGUGAUGUCGAGCCAGAGCAGGAAUCUCUGGAAGAGGAGCGGGCACGAAAUGCAAAGAGGAAAGAAGAGCUCAAGUUUCGGUUUGAAGAAGAAGACCGUGAGGGCUUUCUGAACCCGAAAAACGCCAACCGUCAGGCUUCAGGGGCCGAUGAAGAGCAGGAGUUUGGUGAGGACGAAUGGUACGAUGCUCAGAAAGCCCGGCUGCAGAAACAGCAAGAUAUCAAUCGGCGGGAAUUCGAACAGCUCGACAAUCCUUCGCGCGUUCGUGCGGAGGGAUUCAAGGCCGGCACGUAUGCACGGCUGACUCUGUCCAACGUUCCCCAGGAGUUCGUGGAGCACUUCAACCCGCGCUUUCCCCUCUUAAUCGGUGGUCUGCAGCCGACCGAGGAACGGAUGGGCUUCGUGCAGGUGCGGAUCAAACGACAUCGAUGGCACAAGAAGAUCCUCAAGACGAAUGACCCGCUCGUGUUCUCCCUCGGCUGGCGUCGAUUUCAGUCGCUUCCGGUGUACAGCAUCAGCGACUCUCGCACACGAAACCGAAUGUUGAAAUACACGCCGGAACACAUGCACUGCUUCGGCACCUUCUACGGCCCUCUUGCCGCCCCGAACACGGGCUUCUGCUGCGUUCAGUCAUUGUCGAACAAGAACCCCGGCUUCCGAAUCGCGGCCACGGGGGUUGUGCUGAACGUCGACGAGGGCACGGAGAUUGUCAAGAAGCUCAAGCUGACCGGCCACCCUUACAAGAUUUUCAAAAACACCGCAUUCAUCAAAGAUAUGUUCAGCACUGCGCUCGAGAUUGCAAAGUUCGAGGGAGCAGGCAUCCGCACCGUCUCUGGCAUCAGAGGCCAGAUCAAAAAGGCGCUGAGCAAGCCCGAGGGCAAUUUCCGAGCGACGUUCGAGGACAAGGUGCUCAUGUCGGACAUCGUCUUUCUGCGAGCGUGGUACCCCGUGCGGCCCCAUCGCUUCUACAACCCCGUCACCAAUCUACUGGAGAGCGGCGAGGCGGAUUCCUGGGGCGGAAUGCGGUUGACGGGCCAAGUGCGAGCAGAGCAAGGCAUCGCCACUCCGCGCGUCAAGAACUCCGCCUAUCGCCCAGUCGAGCGGGAGGAGCGGCACUUCAACCCGCUGCGCGUGCCGCGCAAGCUGCGCGCCGACCUGCCCUUCAAGUCGCAAAUCACGCAGAUGAAGCCGCAGAAGAGGGAGACGUAUGCGCAGAAGCGGGCGGUGGUGGUCGGGGGCGAGGAGAAGGUGGCGCGGCGCCUGAUGCAGCAGGUGAUGAGCCUGCGCAAGGAGAAGGUGGAGAAGCGGCGGGCGAAGCAGGAGGAGCGCAGGCAGCCGUAUCGUGCGAAGGUGGCGGAGAAUGAGGCGAAGCGGUCGGAGAGGGAGAAGAGGGAGAAGGAGGAGUAUUGGCGGCGGGAAGGGAGGAAGAAGAGGGGACCGGCGGAGGGGGGUGAGGGAGGCGGCAAGCGAAGGAGGACGUGA